AUGGAACUGACGAGCACCUCCGGCAACCGGAGAGCUCUGUGCUGCAACGAUCUGCCUAUAUUCUCUGACGAUGAGGACUCACACGGCACUGUGCGAUUCAGUGGACUAUGGGGGAGGAAGAGGCUACGGGUGAAUGGUAGUACCGGUACACACAAUCAUAUACUUUUCUUUCAAGACAAAAGUGAUGUACCUAAAGAUCAGAAUACCGAAGUUCGUAUAGCUGUGCGACACAGCCAUGGUUCACCCAUCACCUUAAAUUCCAGCCUGGUGUCACAAAUAGGGGGCCAGGCAGAAAGAGAGAGAAUAUGUGGUUCGUCAGGUACAGCUGGAACUAAUGAUCGCAUUUCCGCAAAAAGCGGUGUACGUAAUAAUAGCAACGGUGCAAUGGCUGCACCGACACACUGUGAUAUUCAGAAGCGCAUUGAAUCAGAGAGUACCACAGAGAUUCUUAAUAUGAAAAAUCAGAACCGAGGCAGCGUCUCGCUCAAGGGAAAGAAAAAGGGAAAAGGUAAGGACGGCGGCGACAAAAGACAUAAUGCCUUAGAAUUAACGAGUUUCGACGAUCUGUUGAGUAGUACCCAGGUAGGUGUCCCCGGAACAGCCCUGGCGAAAAAAGCUGCUGUAAGGGGUAGAGGAGGAGGUGGCGGAAUGAAUCCGACGAGAGGGAGUGCGAGAGGGACAGGAAAGGGCUUUGGCAGGGGAAGGGGAAGAGGAGGACAUCUGACCGAUAGAACUACUUCUAAGAAUAAAAGCACAGGCGCAUUAGAUACUUCGGGGGCUAGAGUGGGUGUAGUUCAAGAUAGAGAGCUAGGAGAGUUGGUAUAUGGGCAAAUUCAAGGUGGGCAUGCAACUGGAUCUGUUACGGGCAACGGAUUUGAUAUUAUAGCCAGCGAGGGACAAAGAGCCAUCGCAAAUGGCUUAGGUGCACAGGGAGAGAUCACCAAGGAAAAGAUUACUAUAAAUGGGAAAGGUGGUAGCACAGAUAUUCGGAAUGCUAAAGGCAUCCAGAAGGGUAAGAAACACUUACCUAAAUCGCGAAAUGGAAAAGUUGCCAAGUUGCGGGAAUCGUUGAAGCGUCAACCGAAACGAGCUGGCGAACAGAAAGCACAACUGAAGCAAAAAUUCACAAAGAACAAAAAACAGAGCUCAGCUAAUAUACCGAGCGCAACGAAGCAACCACCUGCACCCCCAAGUGGUAUAGUGGAUACCGGUAUCACGGGCUUAUCAUUGCUGGUACAGAGUCAACGAGCUGUGGCAGGCUAUGUUAUAUUUGAUGGCGUAAAAGGCCUGGCAGAGAGAGAACGUCAGCGACUUGUAGCGGCUGAGAUCGAAGAAGAACGCAAAGGGGAAGAACGGCAAAGAAAUGAGGCAGAAAAGGCGAAGAAACAAUUGAAGAGAUAUGCUUGUAAGAGUUAUAUCAAAAGGAAUUGCGACAAAGGUGAUGAUUGUUAUUUUCACCAUAACGUCGAGCAAGAUCCUCUGCGGAUCUGUUCAUAUUAUUCCAAUGGAUAUUGUUCCAAGGGAGACGCUUGUCCGUUUUCACACGACUGUGAACGCGCAAAAAAACAGACAUGUGCAUUUUACCUAGCUAACCUGUGCAUGAAGGGGCAAGCAUGUCAAUUCUCACACGAGGGCGAGCAGGUCAGACAAGUGACUGUGUGCAAGUAUUUCUUGGAUAAAACUUGCACUGCGGGCGGCAGUUGCAGGUAUGAACACAACACCCAGGAUGUACCCUGUGCAGAUCACUUCUUCUUGCCGGAGGGAUGUUUACACGGCGACGAGUGUAUAUUCUCGCACAAGGCAAGUAGUAAGAACAAGCCAGAGUACUUGCUGCAUAUCACCCAAGCCCGUGCAAAAAUCAAAAGGUCUCGCGUGGCGAAAACUUUGCUUACUACCCAGCCCGUAGUGGUUGAACGCGACGGUGGUGAACUGUCACCGCACGACGCCAACAGCACUUCGGAAGAAACCCUUGGGAUUGUGGACGCAGAAGCAGAUUCGACUAUCGACGUCCAGGGUAUACCUAGUCCUACUCCGGGUGUAUUAGAUGCAGCUUCUGUCGAGGCUACCACACUGAGUGAGUCAAAUGAAACACCCGCGCAGACAAUGACGGCACCGUUGGAUAUACCCGAGGGUCCAGACACAGGUGUAUUUGAAGUUGUCGAUUCAAAAGCAAGUUCGCCUAUCAGAGACGCAGAUAUUGUAGGUGAAUCUUGGGAGGAGACUGUAGAAUCUGAUGAGGAUGAAUGGAUUUAAAGGGCGUUAAGUAAAGUUUCUAUGAAUAUUUAAAUUAGAAUACAACAGGAAGACUAGAGCAUAAGCGUCUGUGUAGCGAUCAAGUGUUGUAUCUCAAUAUCUAGAACUUCUGCGACCAGUUGAAGAGUUCGACAACGGUUUAUUAAAUCCAGUAGCAUUGAACUUUAAAUCCGAUUGCCUUUUUGAUCCUCAGGUAAAAUGAAAUAUCUCAUUUUGUAGCAUCG